AUGUCGUGGAAGGCUUCUGAGAGGCUAAUGGACACCAUCCGCCAUUACUCCCUCUUUCCUGCUACGGGUGUAAGUUUAAGGCAGAUGGUUCAGUUUGGCGAGAGACCCUCAGUCGGAACCCUGUUUCGCGCCUCUCAAUUUCUCGCCGAAGAGCUCCCAAUCCGUCUUGCGCAUCGAGUUCAGGAGCUCACGAGCCUACCUGAUGGACUUAGUGACAUGCCAUCGGUCAAGAGAGUCCAGGAUUGGUACGCGCAGUCGUUUGAGGAGAUCAUCAAUCUCGGACGGCCCGAGCUGCCAAGAGACGUGCGGGAUCGACUGUUGAACCCGGGUAAAUUCAACAACGGUAAAGGAUCUCUGCUUUCGGAGGCUACUCCAAACCCGAGCAUUCGUGAAGGCCAGUAUGCCUCGGCGCCGCCGACACAAAUUGGCCUAGGAAAUAGCAAGAAGUACCAAGCAGCAAGAAGAUACUUCGCUAUGGUAGACGACAAUGGCGAUUGGCCACCCGAGUUACAGGCGUACAACUCCAAAUUUGCACAGACAUUACACAAGAUCAAGAGACGGCAUGACGGCGUUGUCACAACGAUGGCACAGGGUAUCCUUGAAUACAAGCGAAAGAGACAACGGAUGCAAAUUGACAACAACAUACAGUCCUUCUUAGAUCGUUUCUACAUGUCUCGAAUAGGUAUUCGUAUGCUUAUCGGCCAGCAUAUCGCCUUGACGGAUCAAAGCCACCAUCGGGACCCUACUUAUGUUGGGAUUAUCUGCACGAAGACGAACGUGCGGGAUUUGGCGCAAGAGGCUAUCGAGAAUGCUCGGUUUGUAUGCGAAGAUCACUAUGGACUCUUUGAAGCACCCAAGAUCCAACUUGUUUGUAACCCCGACCUCAACUUUAUGUACGUUCCCGGUCACUUAUCGCAUAUGCUCUUCGAGACAUUGAAAAACUCGUUAAGAGCUGUUGUCGAGACGCACGGGCAAGAUAAGCAGGAGUUUCCGGUAACGAAGGUAAUUGUUGCAGAAGGAAGGGAAGAUAUCACGAUCAAGAUCAGCGACGAAGGUGGUGGAAUCCCACGAAGCGCCAUCCCACUAGUGUGGACGUACAUGUACACGACUGUAGAUCGGACCCCUAACUUGGACCCUGAUUUUGAUAAGAGCGAUUUCAAGGCACCGAUGGCGGGCUUUGGCUACGGACUGCCAAUCUCGAGACUUUACGCACGGUAUUUCGGUGGCGAUUUGAAACUGAUUAGCAUGGAAGGGUAUGGAACAGAUGUGUAUCUACACCUCAACCGCUUGUCGAGCUCUUCGGAGCCCCUACAAUAG